CUUGACAGUAGCUCCACUGCCUGUCAUUCGCCCUCUAAGGACGCUAACGUAAGUUAGCUGUUAGCUAGCAGUGCGAAGAAAUCCACGGCAAGGAUAACAAACGUCUGUGUACAGUCUGAGAUGCCUGGUGCUAGUCCAUGGGUGUGAGCCGACUGGAUGUAUUUUACAGAAGGCUGCUCCUCACCAAACUCUUCAUUGGGGGAUGGGGGAAGCCUGAAGACCUCAAGAGAAUAUUUGAAUUUCGUAAGAUCAUUGGAGACAGAGAGAGGUGCAGGUAUCUGGUGCCAAAGGACUAUCCAGUCUACAUAAACAAGACAGAGGAGCAUACUGACUGUAAGAUCCACGAAGGAUUCUUUAUCUCUCCCCUGGAGCACUUGGUUCCUGGAAUCCUUCCACCAGAGGCUGUCAAAGCCAGGUUCCAGUUUAUAGUUCCCAAGAGGUGGCAGAAGAACAGACCAGUAUGUGUCCACCUGGCAGGGACUGGAGACCAUUUUUUCUGGCGUCGGCGGACCCUAAUGGCCAGGCCCAUGGUCAAAGAGGCAGGGAUGGCUUCACUGCUGCUGGAGAACCCUUAUUAUGGCUAUCGUAAACCCAAAGACCAGCUGCGGUCCUGUCUAAAGAAUGUGUCAGACCUGUUUGUGAUGGGAGGGGCUUUGAUCCUGGAGUCAACAGUGCUUCUCCGAUGGCUGGAGAGAGAAGGUUACUGGCCACUGGGAAUGACUGGCAUCUCCAUGGGAGGAUAUAUGGCAUCCCUGGCAGUGACUAACUGGCCAAAGCCCAUCCCUCUGAUUCCAUGUUUAUCCUGGUCCACAGCCUCCAGUGUCUUCACCACGGGUGUGCUGAGUAAAGCAGUGAACUGGACAGAGCUGGAGAAACAGUAUGCCAUUAACUCAGUAUAUGAAGAGGAGAUCAUUAAGCUGUUGGAAUACUGUGGGGCUGAUUCCUUUAAGAUGGGUCCAGAGUUUUCGAAGAAUGUGGACCCUUUAGAGCAUCUGUUGGGCCUGUCUGGAGAUGACAGAGCAUCAGUGGCUCAGAAUUCCAAAGCUGGAGGGGAAGCUGAGGCUGAACGAGGCCUGUUGAUUGGUGGAAGCCCUGAGGGGGGCAGGGCUAGAGUAGACCAAUUGCUAUCAUCUGUGAACAGCAGUGGAAUGAGCUUGGACACUCUACCAAGAGACCUUCAUGCGAACAGCACACUGCGUGAGAAGAAGAUGAAUUCAGCCAAAUUCUAUCGGCCUUCAUUACAUAAAGAGUCUAUAAGCUUCAUGAAGGGAGUAAUGGACGAAUGCACACACAUGGCCAACUUCUCUGUCCCUGUAGACACCAGUCUCAUUAUCGUGGUCCAGGCCAAAGAGGAUGCCUAUAUCCCUCGUACAGGGGUCCUCAGUCUGCAAGAGAUCUGGCCAGGAUGUGAAGUCAGAUAUCUGAAUGGAGGACACGUCAGUGCAUACCUGUUUAAACAGAACGUCUUCAGACAGGCCAUAUAUGAUACAUUCGACAGAUUCUGCCUGAAGUAUCCCAACCUGCACUAGCCAUGGCAGGCUGAAGCCCUUUCCUCCCUGCCCUGUAACAGCACCAGGAUCAGUGGCUCUGGACAUUGGAAAACGUGCCUGUUAAUAGAUCAGAAGCUUUGAUUUUUAAUUCUUUACAUUUUCUACCAAUAGAAAGAGAAGGGUGUGUGCCCUGGUACACCCCCCAAAAAAUAGUGACUAAAACUGUAAAAGCAUCACAAAUGUUGUGGGAUGUUCCUGCCAGUAUGUGGUUGUCAAACCAACACUCAGGCCUCUAACCUCACUCUGGUAAACUGGUGUUUACAGACAAGAAGCCUGUGGCAGUGUCCUGUUUUCACUGGCCAACACCACCACCACACUGGAUGUGUCCUUGCUGACAUGGCUGUGUUAACAGUAUUUCACCUGGAGAAACUCUGGAUUGGAAAUACAGACACAACCUGUAAUAUAUUACUGAUAUCAUAUGAGAAAAAUAUCAACUCACUGUUGCGUGACUACUGUAGAAAGUUCAUUACUACAGUUUAUCUUAAAUUACAAGAAGAAAGUAAGAGGUAUAAAUACAACAUCAGGGUUCAACAUUGUUUUUUUUUCACUUGUAUCGCUAAUAAAUGAAACAAUUUGUAUAGGGGCAAGCAAGAAUUGACUUGAGGUAGGUAAAUUUCUGACCUACUUGCCUGAAAUCAGUCUUUACUUGCCCCUUUAUAAAUUGUUUAAUUUAUUAUUGUUUAUCAAAUAACAACAAAGACUAAAGUUAAUUGUCAUAUUUAGUCUUUAUUUAAUUAAACUCCUGUUUCCAGAAAAAUAGAAAUGCUCACUUGCGCUUCAGUUCAUAAACUUUGUCUGUACCCGCCAACAUUUUUUCAUGAUUUUCCUCACUGGUACUGUGCAUGUGCAACUCUCAGCAGACACAAGAAAGAAGGAGACGGUUCACUCCUGAGCUACUUAAAUAAUCAGGUCUGGAAAAAAAAGAAAAACAUUCUGAUGGCAAGGUAAAGCAGUGAAAAUAUUACAAAUAUAGCAUACACAUAAUCUUAUAUUGAUUCUUUUCUAGGCCUUUUUUAGGUGGCUAAAAACGAACUCAUUGAAGCAGUGUUUGCUCAGCACUGUUUGAUUUUAUGUACAUGAUUUGAGGAUUUUCUACCCGGAAGUUAUUAUAAAUUAACACUGUGA